ACGGACCAACCACUCGCUAGCAGCGAAGAGUGACUCCGGCGGGCAUUCUCUGCUGGUACACCAAUAAUCGAGGAGCAGCUAGCGUGCGAGAGACAACAGAGCCAGAGGCCGCCCGGCCGGCCAGUACAGAGAACCAAGCUAGUGCCAAACCGACAGAACACGCCUGUGAUCGGUAGGUCUACACCACCGACACUUGGCCAUGAGCACGGCCACGGACGCCGUCCCGGUCGCCGUGGCGCCGGCGAAGCGCCCGCCCAUCAACAAGUACGCCUUCGCCUGCGCCCUGCUCGCCUCCAUGAACUCCGUCCUCCUCGGCUAUGACAUCUCGGUGAUGAGCGGCGCGCAGCUGUUCAUGAAGGAGGACCUCAAGAUCACGGACACGCAGAUCGAGAUCCUCGCCGGCGUCAUCAACAUCUACUCGCUGUUCGGCUCCCUCGCCGCCGGCCUCACCUCCGACUGGCUCGGCCGCCGCUACACCAUGGUGCUCGCGGCCGCCAUCUUCUUCACGGGCGCGCUCCUCAUGGGCUUCGCCCCGGGCUACGGGUUCCUCAUGGUGGGCCGCUUCGUGGCCGGCAUCGGCGUCGGCUUCGCGCUCAUGAUCGCCCCCGUCUACACCGCCGAGGUGGCGCCCACCUCGGCGCGCGGCUUCCUCACCUCCUUCCCGGAGGUGUUCAACAACUUCGGCAUCCUCCUCGGGUACGUCUCCAACUUCGCCUUCGCGCGCCUCCCCGUCCACCUCAGCUGGCGCGCCAUGUUCCUGGUCGGCGCCGUGCCGCCCGUCUUCCUGGGCGUCGCCGUCCUCGCCAUGCCGGAGUCGCCCCGCUGGCUCGUCAUGCGGGGCCGAAUCGACGACGCGCGCCGCGUGCUGCAGAAGACCUCCGACUCCCCCGCCGAGGCCGAGGAGCGCCUGCUCGACAUCAAGAAGGUGGUUGGCAUCCCCGAGGGCGUGUCCGACGCCGACGACGUGGCCGCCAUAGUCCGCGCCAGCGGCAAGGGCUCGUCGUCGUCGCGCCACGACGGGGUGUGGAAGGAGCUUCUCAUCAACCCUUCCCGCCCCGUGCGCCGCAUGCUCAUGGCGGGGCUCGGGCUCAUGUUCAUCCAGCAGGCCACGGGCGUGGACUGCGUGGUCAUGUACAGCCCGCGGGUGUUCGAGCGGGCGGGCAUCAAGUCCAAGACCAACUCGCUGGGCGCGUCCAUGGCGGUGGGCGCGUGCAAGACCUUCUUCAUACCCAUCUCGACGCUGCUCCUGGACCGCAUCGGCCGGCGGCCACUGCUGCUGGCGAGCGGCGGCGGGAUGGCCAUCUUCCUCUUCACGCUGGCCACGUCCCUGCACAUGAUGGACCGGCGCCCCGAGGGGGAGGCCACCGCGCUGGGCGCGGUCAGCAUCGCGGCCAUGCUGUCGUUCGUGGCGUCGUUCGCGUCCGGGCUGGGCCCCGUCGCCUGGGUCUACUGCUCCGAGAUCUACCCGCUGCGGCUGCGCGCGCAGGCCGCCGCCAUCGGCACGGGGCUGAACCGGAUCAUGAGCGGCGCCACCACCAUGUCCUUCCUCUCGCUCUCCAACACCAUCACCAUCUCCGGCAGCUUCUACCUCUACGCCUGCAUCGCCGCCGCAGGGUGGGUGUUCAUGUACUUCUUCCUGCCGGAGACGAUGGGCAAGAGCCUGGAGGACACCGUGAAGCUCUUCGGCAAGGACGCGGACGACGAGGACGUCAGCGACAUCCGUCGUCACGUGCCCACUAAGAAGCCGUCUACUGAGCUGAGUGCUCAGCACUGAUCGAGUAAUGUGCUACGCAACACGUGUCCUCCCGAGUGUGGCCGAAGCUUAUGUUCCGUAAAGCUUCGAUGAUGUAGUAUAAUAUUUUUUUUUGUGUGUCGGAACUGUGGUGAAUCUAUGUAUAUCCCGCGCCUCUUUUGUUUAUUAGAUUUGUACAUUUUUUGUUGAUCUCGUGGCAUGGUGCGUGUGCGUAGAAAAAAUAUUAUUAAAAAUAUCUA